AUGGGCAGGGGUCAUCUACAGAAUAAGAGUGGCAACAUUCCCGAGCAAAAGCAGGAAGCUGGAACAAACAUAGUGAAGGCACCUUCUAGGAAUGUUAUUCAGUUGCCUGGUAAGAGCACAGCCGACGGUCAAGCACGAAAAUUCAACAAUACUGGCCUCGGGUCCUUUGAAAAGGCUGCAGAUUUUGAGCCUUUGAGCCCCCCUUCCGAGGAGCAGAUGCAGUCCAAAGAUUAA